AUGGAAGAAACACAAAAAGGAACGCGCAUAGGGCCGCUGCCUGGGGGUCGCCGGGGCGCGUCUGGAGCUGGCGCUGGACGCGGCAGCAUGCGGGCCGCCAGCCGAGCGCGAGGAGCUGCACGAUCACCUAGCAGCCCCUCGCAUCCAUCAUCCCCACCAGAAGGCUUGGUGUCGGCUGGGUCUUCUCGGACCCAGCAAGCGGCACCCGCCGCUGGUGGAGCACGUCGCAUGCGUUGGACAAAAUCCAUGAACGAAAACGCAUUGCGGGCGUACUAUAGGGCGAAAGGGGAAGAAACUGUGGGAAUAGCGUAUAGGUCUCGGAUGCAUUGCUUUUUUGCUGAGCUGGAGCCGUCUAUCCCCGUCACGGAACAAAACCUGGCAGACCGAGUUCGGUACAUCAUGCGCUCGAAAAUAUUUGAUGAUGCCGAACUCGAACGACUACGACGUGAGGCUAUUCCGUCGUCGAAUGAAUCGGCUAUGGCUGGAGAUGCAGCUCCACAUUCGACAGACCAGCAUCCACACGUGGAAGCCGCCAUGGAUCUUCCAGUUGUGGUUGAUUCGAACGACGAUGAAAUAGUCUCCCACGAACUAGAGCAAAUGAGGAGUAUAUUGGAAGAGGCGAUUUUGGAAACGCGCAGCACCCCUCUCGAAAAUCGACCGCGACUUCCCCGCAUACCCUUAAGCAAGCGAAAUCGGGCUGUCGUGAGGGCUCUUAACCCAAUGCUGGUGACCUAUUUGGAAGCCAGCCGGGACCUUUGCGAGACGGACUCGAUUCUCUUUGGCGCCGCAGUGGCAGUUUGCCGUAUUAUUGGCGCCAAACUUCCCAUGGCUGGACGCGCUACUACACAAAGUAACGCCAUCCCAGCCUGGAGGAAAAGAAUCGAGGACCGUAUCGCAAAGGCAAGGGCCCUUAUCGGCAGACUGACAAGCUUCAGGUCGGGUAAUAAUAGACCGAGGAUUAUGCGCACCGUUAGGAUGGCGUUUGCUGGGACAAAUAUCAGUUUGUCCCAGCCGGAUAUCACGCAGAAACUAACGGAGCGCAUAGACGACCUGAAGCAAAAGAUCGCUGCUUGGGGGAAGCGGAUUCGACGAUUUUCCGAGGGGUCAAGGCGGUUCAACCAGAAUCGUCUCUUCCAGAGUGAUCAGAAGAGGCUCUAUAAAUUAUUGGAGCGACCAAAGGUAUGUGGAGCGGGCCAAGGACCGGAUCAGGCUGACAUUAUCGCAUUCUGGCGUGGCCUGUGGUCAGAGCCCGUAAACCACAGUGAGGGCCCUUGGAUGGAAGUUGUGGCGAGCCAGGGUGCGAGUGUUACGCCUAUGGACCCCAUCACCAUAACGCCGGAAGACGUGGCUGAGGCGGUCCGUAGGGCCCCGAACUGGAAAAGUCCGGGGCUCGACGGGCUGCAUCAUUACUGGCUGAAGGGGUUCGUAGUGUGUCACGCUGUGCUCGCCCGACAGUUUCAAGAGGCUCUCGACCAGAAGUCACUCCCGAGCCUCUUCACUACUGGGAUCACUCACUUGGUUCCUAAAGAUCAGGAUACCACAGACCCGAGCAAAUACCGCCCCAUCACGUGGCCGCUGCCUGGAGGUCGCCAGGGCGCGUCUGGAGCUGGCGCUGGACGCGACAGCAUGCGAACCGCCAGCCGAGCGCGAGGUGCUGCACGACCACCCAGCAGCUCCUCGCAUCCAUCAUCCCCACCAGCUGGCUUGGUGUCGGCAGGGUCUUCGCGGGCUCAGCAAUCGGCACCCGCCACUGGUGGAGUACGCCGCAUGCGUUGGACAACCCAGAUGAACAGCAACGCAUUGAGGGCGUAUUUUAGGGCGAAAGGGGGAGAAACUGGAGGUUUUGCGUAUCGGGCAAGGAUGCAUCGACUUUUUGCUGAGCUGGAGCCAUCUGUAACCGUCACCGAGCAAAACCUGGCAGACCGAGUUCGGUAUAUCUUGCGCUCAAAUACAUUUGAUGUCACCGAACUCGAACGGCUACGACGUGAGGCUGUUCCUUCAUCGGGUGAAAAUGCUGCGGCUGAGGAUGCGGCGCCACAACUUGCCGAGCAAACGGCAAAUGUGGAUGCCGCCGUGAAUACGCCAGUUGUGGUUGAUUCAAACGAUGAUGCAGCAGUCGCCCAGGAACUGGAACUAGAGCAAAUGAGGAGUACAUUGGAAGAGGCGAUUGUGGAAACGCGCAGUACGACUCUCGAAAAUCGACCGCGACUUCCCCGCUUAGCCCUAAGCAAGCGGAAUCGGGCUGUCGUGAGGGCUCUGAACCCAAUGCUGGUUACCUAUUUGGAAGCCAGCCGGGACCUUUGCGAGACGGACCCAAUUCUUUUUGGCGCCGCACUGGCAGUCUGCCGUAUUAUAGGUGCCAAACUUUCCACGGCUGGACGCGCUACUGGACAAAGUAGUGCUAUCCCAGCCUGGAGAAUAAGAAUUGAAGAACGUAUCGCAAAGGCUAGGGCCCUCAUCGGCAGACUGAUAUGCUUCAGGUCAGGCAAUACCAGGCCAAGGAUUGUGCGCACCGUCAGGAUGGCGUUUGCUGGGACAAAUGUUAGUUUGUCCCAGCCGGAUAUAAUGCAAAAACUGACGGAGCGCAUAGACGACCUGAAGCAAAGAAUAGCUGCUUGGGGAAAGCGGAUUCGGCGAUAUACCGAGAGGUCGACACGGUUCAACCAGAAUCGUCUCUUCCAGAGUGAUCAGAAGAGGCUCUAUAAAUCAUUGGAGCGACCAAUAGUAAGUGGAACGGGCCCUGCACCAAAUCAGGCCGACACGGUCGCAUUCUGGCGCAGCCUGUGGUCAGAGCCCGUAAACCACAACGAGGGCCCUUGGACGGAAGUUGUGGCGAGUCAGUGUGCGAGUAUUACGCCCAUGGACCCCGUCAUCAUAACGCCGGAUGACGUAGCUGAGGCGGUCCGUAGGGCCCCGAACUGGAAAAGUCCGGGGCUUGACGGGCUGCAUCACUACUGGCUGAAGGGGUUCACGGUGUGUCACUCUGUGCUCGCCCGACAGUUUCAAGAGGCUCUCAACCAGAAGUCGCUCCCAAGCCUCUUCACUACUGGGAUCACUCAUUUGGUUCCUAAAGAUCAGGGUGCCACAGACCCGAGCAAAUACCGCCCCAUCACGUGGCCGCUGCCUGGAAGUCGCCGGGGCGCGUCUGGAGCUGGCGCUGGACGCGACAGCAUGCGGGCCGCCAGCCGAGCGCGGGGUGUUGCAAGACCACCUAGCAGCCCCCCGCAUCCAUCAUCCCCACCAGAAGGCUUGGUGUCGGCUGGGUCUUCUCGGACUCAGCAAGCGGCACCCGCCGCUGGUGGAGCACGUCGCAUGCGUUGGUCUAAAUCAAUGAAUGAAAACGCACUGCGGGCGUAUUUUAGGGCAAAAGGGGAAGAAACUGGAUGUUUGGCGUAUCGGGCUCGGAUGCAUCGCUUUUUUGCAGAGCUGGAGCCAUCUCUAUCCGUCACUGAGCAAAACCUGGCAGACCGAGUUCGGUACAUCCUGCGCUCCAACAUAUUUGAUGACGCCGAACUCGAACGACUACGACGUGAGGCUAUUCCUUCAUCGAAUGGAAUUGCUACGGCUGGGAAUGCGGCGACACUAGAUGCGCAACAAACUGCAUACGUGGAUGCUGCCGUCAACAUUCCAGUUGUGGCUGAUUCAGACGAUGAUGGAAUAGUCUCCCACGAACUAGAGAAAAUGAGGAGCAUAUUGGAAGAGUCGAUGCUGGAAACGCGCAGCAUGCCUCUCGAAAAUCGACCGCGACUUCCCCGCAUAUCCCUUAGCAAGCGAAAUCGGGCUGUCGUGCGGGCUCUUAACCCAAUGCUGGUGACCUAUUUGGAAGCCAGCCGGGACCUUUGCGAGACGGACUCAAUUCUUUUUGGCGUCGCACUGGAAGUAUGCCGUAUUAUUGGCGCCAAACUUCCCGUGGCUGGACGCGCUACUCAAAAAAGUAGCGCCAUCCCAGCCUGGAGAAAAAGAAUUGAGGACCGUAUCGCAAAGGCAAGGGCCCUUAUCCGCAGACUGACAAGCUUCAGGUCGGGUAAUAAUAGACCGAGGGUUGUGCGCACCGUUAGAAUGGCGUUUGCUGGGACAAAUAUCAGUUUGUUCCAGCCGGAUAUCACGCAGAAACUAACGGAGCGCAUAGACGACAUGAAGCAAAAAAUCGCUGCUUGGGGGAAGCAGAUUCGACGAUUUAGCGAGAGGUCAAGGCGGUUCAACCAGAAUCGUCUCUUCCAGAGUGAUCAGAAGAGACUCUAUAAAUAA